CGACUAGUGGGAUUGAUCGAUGACUGCUUUGUAUCUGGGUGGUGCAGUCUCAGUAGGAUGUAUGAACGUUGGUAUUUAUAUAAUGGAAGCACAAAGGAAGGGGAUUGAGAACGAAAAAUGGUAAAGUGAAGUUGAAUGUCUUUGAAUCUGGGUGGUGCAGUCAAAAUAACACGAAUGAAUGCUGGUACUUAUGUGGUAAAAGAACAAGGGGAAAGAAAAUUGGGGAUGAAAAAUGACAAGAACCGAAGCCUUUUCCUUCCAAUAGUAGUAACGGGGCGAGAAAAAUAAUAUAUCUAUAAAUUUCCAAAAUUACAAAAGGAAAGUUUGCAUAGAACAAUAAUAACGAAGAGAGGAAAAAAUGCCAAUUUUCGAGAUUGUAAAAGAACAUAGUUGAAAUGGGUAAAAUGUAUUUGGGUGUUAGUGUGAGAUAGGAAGAAUUGAAUCUAUUUUGAUAGAGUAAUGAUAGCAAGCUGAGAUAAAAAAGUGAUAGCGAAUUUUUGAAAAGAUAAAAGUAGAAGGGAUGAAAGGUCUGCAGUUUUAACAGUUCCGCUUGUUACGAGGUUUGUAGCGCGGAAUUCCUGGAAUUGAGGAACCGCGAUUCCACGGGAAAUCGGCGGACAGCACGCGAUACAGUUUACGACGAUCUAACAUGAAGACAGAAUCCUUGUGUUAAUCGCGUAUGUACAGAUAUAAUCGUAGAAAGUUGCUCUCCUCUGGAUAAAUGCAGUGUACAUCACAAGCAUUGACAUCGUAUUGUUAAUUGGGAAAUUAUGUUAUAAUUAUUGCCCAUAAACACACUUUCCAAACCUUCUUUUCUAUGGCUUGAAAUAAUAGAGAGAUGCACAAUGUUAUCGUUAAAAAUAAUAGUAAGCUAAUAACAAUAGGGGAGGAUUAUUCGAGAUCACAAUUAAGAUCAAUAUAAUUUCUCAAAAGCUUGGAUUUUCGUGAAAAUGAAAUUUUAAGAAGUCGGACGUUCAACUAAGAAUGAACGUUCAAUUGAAGAAAUGGAGUGAAGAUUAACACAAAAGUCUCGUUUGAAACGAGUCUUCCAGAAAAGAGCCACCGGAGCAGAAAUAGUCAUGUCGUGUACAAAUCGAGGAAAACAGAAACGUUGUCGGAGCAGUUCUAUUCAUGUGCCAGCUGAAAAAGCAUUGUAACGUUCUACGAGGAAGCGAAGGGCAAUUUCGUAGCUUCCUGCGUGAAUACGGUGACGCGAAUAAUUGCGCGAGAAACGGGACAAAUAGCAAAAAGAAGGGGAAACAGAUGAAAGAAAAGGAAGGACGAAAAGCCUAGACCUGCAAAGUCAUAGUCAUCAUUGCGGUCCUCUUUUGUUCUUUGUUUCGAGCGUUGCAUGUCGUUAUAAUGAUCGAUAUUGCCGCUUUAUUUCCAAAGAAAUAUAACGGUCGAGUGUUGUUGACGAUUAAAUGGCGAAGAACACGAACUCGAUUCUAGAUGCCUGUGCAAAAACUAUCGGAAACGGCGCGAUAACCAGAACGAUCGUGAUAUCUUUUCAGAGAACUCAAUCAGAGAGAUGAUUUAUUUUAUACUUUCUUUGAUCAAUCGUAAUUAAGUAAUUGUGCGUAUCACUUGAUUCAGAGCGCAAGAAAUUUUAAUUGAUCCCAUAGUAAAACAUAUUAUAAUUAAGGAUAAUCGGGAGAUCUGUUGUGCGCACGCAACACGUUAAACAGAUCGUGUUUACAUCCGGAAUCACGAAAGCUUAUCCUUCUACUUGCAAUUACUCGGCGAUUUAGCAUGAUGCACCGUGAAAAUUUAUAGACGAUCCUUCUUACGUGAUUCUGCGUAAUUAACGAGUAGAUGAUUUCAUACACGUUAAUCAAGCAAUUAACAAAGCAUGCAUAAACACAAAAAUACUUCUUCUUCCAGAUCCAAUUAUACGAAUUAACCAACAAUUUUCCUUAAAAUUCGAGUCACCAUAUCUCAACAAAAUCGAUUUCUACGAUUAGCCAGAACGUUUCCUUUCGCGAUGUGAUCGCGGCGUCAUAUAAGUUAUAUUGCCAGCCUCCACUUUGCUAAGACACCGCCCUGUAAACAGACCACGCUUGAACAAUCCAGAUCGAUUACUCGAGUGUGAAACGAACCUCGAUUAACGAUCGAGAACGGGACACAAUCUCGCAUCGUCUCAUCGUCGUCGACGAUCGACAGAUUCUUCCACCGCUGAAAAUGUUACGAAGACCCAUCGUCUUCGACGUCGUCCAAUGAUCAGAGAGAACAGAGACGGAGGUGGACGUGAAUGGACAGUGAAUCCUUCGUCACGCGUCAGUACCAAGUUAGAUGGCGGUCUCCUUCUCUGGGCUUUUCACGUUUCACCUAUAUAAACUAAUGGUCCGGCCUAGGGCGAAUGUCAGUUAACAUUUCAUUUGCCAGCUGGACAGUUCGCCUGUCAUCAUCUUAUACCGUCAUACUUUUUUCAUCGUCAGAUCCUUCAAUGAUCGUGAAUCAUAGUUUACUACAGCCUUCAGGUGGCAUCCAUUCUUUUUGUGAAUUUUAGUAAGAUAAAUUGAAUCUUUUUAUUUCUCACGAAGUGUGUGCCGCGCUGCUUCUCGAUUCUCCGUAGAAUAUUAACUACUGGUGAAGGAAAUUCUCAGAUGAGACAGAAGAAUGCUGAUGGUAUACCCGCUGUUUCUUCUGCCUUUGUUAACGGCGACCGAAACCACGCAGCCCACGAUGAUGCAGGAGAGUUGGAAGCCUCAGUUGGAAAAUUCGACGACUCCUGCGGACUGGAUCAGUGACAGCAUUCUAAACGCUGUGGACGAUGUUCUUCCUGUGACACGUUCUUCUUUCGAAGCUCGCAAGAAGAAGAGACACAAGCUGAACAAAUACAUCCUCCCCUUGAUUGUAGGAGUUAUAUUAAUCAAAUCGAUUCUUCUGCCUAUAGCGUUGAAAACUUUAGCUAUAUUAAGUGGGAAGGCAGUGGUUCUGAGUUUGAUGAGUCUAAUUCUGGCAGCUAUAGUAGGAUUGAAGAAGGUCGCUCAGGCUCACUCCACAAGCUACGAGGUGGUAAAUAUGCCCGUGAAUAAAUACAAGAGACAGGACUUUUUCGAGGGCGACGACACGGUGGACACUGAGCCUUACAAAUUUUAUAGGGAACGCCACAGGAAAAAGUAAAGACUCAUUAUUAUUCAAAAUGUUAAAAACGUUUUGUUCAUUUCACCCUCGACCCCUACGUAUUUUAUAAUUCGUCGGUCGAUAGAAAAUCAAAUAUUAAUUUUAUUCCGUGACUUAACUAUACGCAGAGAAUCCAUUGCCUGUUCUGUCAAACAAGCUUAAAGCUGAUAAAACUUUCCUCGUUCAAACUGACGCAAACGAAACUUGCUAAUUAUUCCAUAAUGCAACAGAAAAAAGCUGAGAGGUUAAUAAACGGAAAACGAAGCGAACCGUAGAAAGUGUUUUCGAACGGUAGCGAAUCAUCAUUUUACGCUUGCAAAUCAAAUCGUGCUUGCUGUAAGGGAUGCUCGAUUCCUCGGAAACGAUACGUAUAAUUCUAUACAGUGCGUAUAAUUCUAUACAAUGCGUAUAAUUAAUUGCUCUAACCUGUCAUGAUUGUGAUUAAUUGCACCGCUGGUACGCCAAGUGAAAGUUCAUCUCGAAUUACCAGAAUUAUAAAUUCGUGUGGCAAGCAUCGCUACUGAUAAACCUUAUCGACAAAUCGAUAUUUCCAUUGUUAAAUUUUCAUAACUAUUUUAAGUAUUUUAUACCUUAUUUUAAAAAUUACUCGUAAAUCUUCUUUCACUAAAUUGUGAGUAAUUAACCUGCGUCUUUUAGAUCAUUUUCGAUCGAAUCGUAUUUUUCAUUUAAUUUAUUCACUUCAGGUUAACAUCGAUACAAAGAUUGCUAAAUUUGAAGGAAAUAUGAAAAAACAUUUAUCGUAAUACGCAUAAUUUUUUGUUCCAACUGUAUUAUAAAGAUCGUUUUAAAACAUUAAAAGUCUUCUUGGUUGAAACUAAAGCGGUAUCAAGAAAUAAAAAGUUUCAAGACCGUAGCACGGUUAAAGAAGGAAGAAGUAUGAACUUUGACAGAUAUUUUCUAAGUUGGAGAUUAUUAUUUAUAAAACUGUGAAAUCGUCGUUGUCGAGAAUAGACAAAAAGAUUAACCACGGAAGAUACCACAACCAUCUAAGAAACCCAGGAAAUGAUAAAGAUAAGAAAGGAAUGAGCUACUAUUAAAUAGGACAAGUCGUCGACCUUAAAACCUACAACCUUCCACUGUGCUUUAAAAUUCGUGGAAAGGUAAUCCGAUUCGCCAAACUUUUAUUCACUACCUUCCAAUAAUUCCUAAUAUUACAUAGCUUUCAAACCUCGAAACACUUAUUAAUCACGCGUUUAGAUAAACCGUGCCGGUUGAAAGUCGAAAUCAGAUGAGACGACGAUCAGAAGAAAGUCAUUCAGACGCAACAGCAGAAAUUGAAUCAUCGUUGAAAGCAAAGUGAGCAGUUGCGAAGAAAUUUCUCCAUUUAACAUCCGAUAUACCUAUUCAGCAUCUUCAUUCUACUUUUCUCGAUGUAUUCUUUUCUGUUCUCCAUAACUGUAUAAAAUUUACGCUACCAGAAAUAAUUACAGGAUCGCUACUGUAAAUGAUUCUAUUGCGUUAACCAUGCAAAUGAACGUGAUGAGGUUCUAUAGAAUUGGUGGAAGGCACAAUGGUUCGUUGUAACAAUCGGAAGUCACCGACUUCAUGAACGGACGUAACCUAGAAAAUUAAUCGUGAAAAUCCAUCGAAGGGAUACCGUUAACGCGAAGAUGACGAAGUUCCGCGCGACUGUUAAAUAUUUAAAGAGACCCGGAACGAGACAAUGGAGCAGCGCUCGCGAAUAAGGCAGUUGCCAUUCCGAGGCAUGCGCCAUUCGAAAAAAAGAAACGGUCCCGAUGAGAUGUACGCAUUGCUGGACAUUGUUUGCUGUACGAAUGACAUCGGCUGGACUACUUCGCGCCCAUUAUCGAAUCAGGAAUUCGCGUUAAAUCCUUAUUAAAAAGAGAACAGUUAUCCAAGUGCUUAGGUAUAAUAUCUAAUUAAUAAUUGCUAUUAUGCACUAUUUAAGAAAGCAAUCGAAAAGGAAUAUCGAGAAUAAUUACCAAUGCAACUGUUGAAGCACUGACAAGAAAUUCGCUUAUCGUAAUUUUUACUCUGUCCCAUUGAGCCACACUUUAGUAUACCGGCUAUUGACAGAGCAAACAAUGUCGGAGAAAGUAGAAUUUUCUUCGACGAUCUGUGAAUGGUACAACAUUAAAAGCACAAAAAAUUCCAUCCCCCACGAAAACAUACUUUGUAAACAUUGUACUUAACAGUUUACACCGAGAGGAGACGAUUAUCUGAAUAAAAUACGCAGAAGUUACAGAGAAUGACACCGGUAUUCACAAGAGGGAAACUGUUUAGAGUGGGUCUUAUAUCAGAAAAUAUAUCCACGAUGCAAUUUCUAGCUUGGCAUGACCGAUGGCCAUGUCUGUGGGCCAAGGCGAGCUGCUUGCUGCACGUGGAAAUAUUUGAAGACAUCGGUCUCGAUCAUGGAAGAUUUUCCAGUUGUAGGAAUAUUUAGAGAAUAGAAUUUACUGAAUGCCUGAGAAGAUUAAGGUGAAUUAUAUGCGCAGAAUCUCGAUCAAACGUGUUCUCGACGUUAAAGACGGUAACUUAUCGAUGGGUACACUAUAACCGUCUGACGUCUUUGCAAUUUAUAUUAAUAAUAUACAAUAUACAAUAUACACAUAUCACAAAAUUUAAAGAGUAAUACCGAUGCAACUUAAUUUCUCAGAGGUGGAUAAGUUCGAGAAAGGUUGUUAGAAUUAUUUGGAUAUACAAAAUAGGAAUCUCUUGUAUUAUUUUUCCAA